AUGAAAAAUUAAUCUUAAUAAAAACAAGAGUAUGCUCGCAAAUAAGUUGAAAAAGAAGAAGAUAACUUUAGAAUGGAUAAUCAUACAUUCUGGAUGGGUUGCUCUUGGUUUGCUAGGCAGUUUUACUUAAACUAUUCGAAGCUAUUAUUUAUCUUGAGAAAGAAUGUUAUAUCUAAGAAUAAACUAUUACAGCUAAUACACCUACCUAAUUUAGAAGAAAACUUAACUGUAUAGAGCACACUCAGCAUUUAUGAGUCCUUUCUUUAUAGGUUGGGAUAAAAAGAAGAAUUCUCUGCUUCUGAUAUAUACUCAAUGAUUAAAAAGACUUUUAGGAGAGAUUUUAUUCUGGUUCAUACUUUUUGUAUCUUAGAAAUUGUUUGCAAAAUCUUUAAUUCAGUUUUAAUUCAAAAAAUUAUAACUUCAUUUUAGGAUGAGUAUUUAGAAGAAAGUAGUACUUAUACAAUGACUGUUAUUUACACUUUGAUUCUUUUUAUACUAAUAUUUUUAGCUUUAAACUUUAGAAACAAAUUUUAGUACCUUAUUGAAUUAAAUAGUACUUAAGCAAGAUAAGGAUUGAUUGCUCUUAUUUACAAAAAGAUAAUUUAAAUGUCAUAGCAUUAAAUUUCUAAAGCAAAUGUUGGCAAACUUUUUAACAUGAUCUCUGCUGACUUGAUGAAUAUUGAAAUUUUAAUGCCUUAUGUGUUUUAGGCAAUAUGGGCACCUUUACUAAUAAUAGCUACAACUGUAAUUAUUUGUAUUAGAUUAGGUGCUUAUGGGCUUAUCGCAAUAGGCUUUAUUUUGAUAGUCUAUCCAAGUUAAUAAAUUUUAGGUAAGCUUCAAUAAAAAUAUUUUGCUUAAAAGAUCACAAGAUCUGAUGAAAGAGUUAAACUAAUUAAUGAAAGCAUAGAAGGUAUACGUUUGAUAAAAAUGUAUGCUUGGGAAAAUACAAUUGGUAAGUAGGUAGAUCAGAUCAGAGAAAAGGAAUAAAAUAGCAUCUUCAACAUUGUUUUGAAUAGAGCUGCAGAUAGAGCCUUUUCUAAUGCUAUGAUUUUAAUUGCUGUCUUUUUGCCUAUUUUAGCUAUUUAUUACAACGGUGAUUCAUAGAGUAUAAAUCUUAACUCUGCUAAAAUAUUUGCCACUUUAGAAUAGAUAAAUGGACUCAAAUUUAUGCUCAUUCUCUCAGGCGUGGGCAUAGGUUUUAUAUAUCAAUGGAGAGAAAUUUCAAAGAGAUUUGCAACUUUUGUUAGCUUGAAAGACUAAUAAACUUAGAAAGUAAUAAAGAAUCCAAAAUACUCAGAAUAUUUGUCAUAGCUUAAAAAUGAAAAUUAAACAAGGUAAGCAAAUAAUUAGGAGACAAAGUUAGAAGAUACUAUUAAAAUAGAUCCUUUUGUAAUAGAUACAACUUAGGAGCAUUCAAAUAAAAAUGAAUACCCAAAAACAACUAAUUAAAAUAAUUCUAUUGAAAUUUCAGCAGAUUUCGAAUGUUUUUGGGAAAAAAAUGAAAAAAAAUAAGAGCCAUGUGUAAAAUUUGGAAAGGAUGUUAAUUUUGAAAAGGGUAAAUUUUAUGGUAUAAUAGGUAAAGUUGGAUCUGGAAAGUCAUCUUUAUUUCAAAUACUAAUUAGAGAGAUGCCUUUCUAUUAAGGUGAUAUUAGAGUAAAUGGAAGUAUUGCGUAUGUUGAAUAAGAACCUUAUAUAUUUUCUGGCAAAGUUGUUGAUAAUAUAUUAUUUGGUAAAGAAAUGGACAAAGAAUUCUAUAACAAAGUUAUUGAAGCUUGCUGUCUGAAGGAAGAUUUAGCUUCUUUUAAGCAAGGAGAUUAAACAGAGAUAGGUGAAAGAGGUAUUACAUUGAGUGGAGGAUAAAAGGCUCGUCUUUCUCUGGCAAGAGCUGUAUAUUCUAAUAGUGAUAUUUUGCUGUUAGACGAUCCUCUAAGCGCAGUGGAUGCCAAAGUAGCCAAAUAAAUUAAUGAAAUGUGCUUGAUGGGCAUUCUUAAAGAAAAAACAAUUUUAUUAGUUACUCAUCAAGUUCAUUUCACAAAAUAAUGUGAUAAAAUUUUUAUUUUAGAUCAAGGAUUAUUAAUUGGAUAAGGCACAUUUGAUGAAAUUAAGGAUCAAGUUUAUCAAAUAGAAAAAAAUAAUCAUAUCUCAUCAAAAGAUUUAAAAUAGAGCAGCGAAGUCUAAAAUGAGAAUGAAAGAUACAUUUAUGAAGAGGAUAAAAGCGAAUUAGAAAAACAUAGUUAAGCUGGUAUUGAAGAUAUUAAUUUGGAUAAAUAGUAAGUUGAAGAAGAAAAGAACAAUAAUGAUGAUAAUGAUUUAUUUACUAAAGACUAAGAUGAAUAAGUCAAAGUUUCAAUUAAAACUUUGUUGAAGUAUUUUAGCCAAUCUAAAGGAGGGCUCUUACUGGCAUGUCUUUCUUUUAUAUUCUUUGCAUCUGCUGAAAUUUUAUUUACUUUCUUUUACAGAAUUGUCGGGAGCUUUGAUACAGAAAAUGAUAAAGACAAAUUAUUUAAAAACGCAGGGAUAAUAUUAAUAUUUUAUACUCUUGCCACUUACUUGAAGUAUUUUUCUAUAGCUGCUGUUACUUAUGUUUCGAACAAAAAAAUUCAUAGACAAAUGUUUAGUCACCUUACUCGUGCUCCAGUUUUUUAUUUUGAUUCUAACCCAACUGGCAGGAUAGUCAAUAAAUUUUCAAGCGAUAUAGGUACUAUGGAUUUUGUUUUAUUCUUUCACCUUAUUGAUUGUACUGAGAAUCCUUUGACCUUUUUAAAUUUGAUGCUAACUGUGUCGCUUUAUAACAAUUAUUUCUUUAUAUUGGCUGGAUUUUAUGCACUCUGCUUAUAUCUUUGGUUAAUAUACUCAAAGGAAUUAAUUGUUUAAAGCAAAUCUCUAGAUACAGUAUAUAAAGGUCCAGUGAUGUCUCUUUUUUCUACAACUAUCCAAGGAGUAGUUAGCAUUAAAGUAUAUAAAUAGAUGAGUUAAUUUUUAAAUAGAUUCUAUUCAGUUAACAACGAUUCAAUAAGAACUAAUCACUGGUUUUAUUAAGCUGGAAGAGCAUUCUCAUAUAAUGGUUAAGCAUUAUCUUCAUUUGUAACAUUCUUUGGUAUUUUGAUAGCCAUUUACACUUCUUCAAACAGCGAUUUACUAGGAUAGGUUGUAGUUUACUUAACUAUAAUUAUUGAGUUGAGUAAUUAUCUCAUCAGAUAAAUGAUUUAACUUGAGGGUUCUCUAACUUCUGUAGAAAGAGUUUUAAAAAUAAUUAAUAUCGUCCCUGAAGGUCCUUUAAAAUUGCCAUCUGACUAAUUAUUAGUUAAAAUUAAUGAAUAAACCCCAAGCACAAAGACUUAGUAGGAUCAUAUUAAGUGGGUAUAAAAAGGUUCAUUAGAAUUUAAGAAUGUCUACAUGAAAUACAGAGAAAACCUUGAUUAUGUUUUGAAAGGUGUAAAUUUAAAAAUUGAAAGUGGUGAGCGCAUUGGAUGUAUUGGAAGAACUGGAGCAGGUAAAUCAAGUCUUCUUUAAGUACUUUUUAGAAUGAUAAAUAUUGAAAAAUCUGCUCUAAAUGAUUCUAAGACAGGAUCGAUACUCAUUGAUGGAGUUGAUAUUAGUAGUAUAGGACUUAAUACUCUUCGAUACAAUAUCAGUAUUAUCCCUUAAACUUCCUUUGUUUUCUCAGGAACUGUGAGAAAAAAUAUAGACCCUUUAGGAUUAUAUGAAGACAGUAAAAUUUUGGAAGCACUAAAAUUAACUGGAUUAUAUGAAGUAGUCAAUAAUUUAGAAAAAAAGCUAGAUACAGAUAUGUCUAACUCAUAAAGCAUUUUUUCAGUAGGUUAGAGAUAAUUAAUAUGUCUUGCAAGAGCUAUUUUAAAUAGGAGUAAGCUUGUUGUAUUAGACGAAGCUACUGCAAACUUAGAUUUAUCAACAGAUAAAUUAAUUUAGAGUGCUAUUAAAAACUAGUUUAGUGGUUCAACAAUAUUUACUAUAGCUCAUAGACUUAACACAAUAGCAGAUUAUGAUAAAGUUUUGGUGAUGAGUGAAGGUUGUGUAGCUGAAUUCGAUUCUCCUUACAAAUUAUUAGUUAGAGAUAUUAAUGAUAACGAUAUUACGUCUACAUCUCUUUUUGCUUAGAUGGUCAAACUCACAGGAAAAUAAAACUCUCAAAUAAUUUUUAAAAUUGCAAAAGAAAAAUUCUUUAAAUAAUAAAACAGUAACAAAAAUCAAAUUUGA